AUGGGCUGUCGGACCUCAAGAGAAGAUGGUAAGGAUCUUUCACAGCAUCUCGACGCCCCCAAGUCCCCCCCCCCUACAGACAAGUCCACCUUCACUCAACAAAUAAGUCCACCUUCACUCAACAAACAAGUCCACCUCCACUCAACAAACAAGUCCACCUCCACUCAACAAACAAGUCCACCUCCACUCAGCAAACAAGUCCACCUUCACUCAACAAACAAGUCCACCUUCACUCAACAAACAAGUCCCCCUCCACUCAACAAACAAGUCCACCUUCACUCAACAAACAAGUCCACCUCCACUCAACAAACAAGUCCACCUCCACUCAACAAACAAGUCCCCCUUCACUCAACAAACAAGUCCUCCCUUCACUCAACAAACAAGUCCACCUCCACUCAACAAACAAGUCCACCUUCACUCAACAAACAAGUCCACCUCCACUCAACAAACAAGUCCACCUUCACUCAACAAACAAGUCCACCUCCACUCAACAAACAAGUCCACCUUCACUCAACAAACAAGUCCACCUCCACUCAACAAACAAGUCCACCUUCACUCAACAAACAAGUCCCCCUCCACUCAACAAACAAGUCCACCUUCACUCAAUAA